AUGAGUAGUCCAAACUUGGAAAAAGGGAAUUAUGCAAAUGCACAAGUUGAGGAAGAACAGAUUGUUUUUGUAAAAUUGUUGAUUAGCGAUAAAGCAGCAAACAAGAUAUUAAGCAACUCAGGCUCAAUAUUGAAGAAAGUUAAACAAGUGAAUCAUGUUUUCAUAUUAGUUUCAGGUGCUAAUAAAUAUUUUCCAGGAACAAAUUUUAGAGUGGCAACUUUAGAAGGGAAUGAAAAAAAUGUGAAUGAAACAAUGGAAGUUUUGGAUUUUCUUUUGAAAAACACAGAUGACGAAGUACAGGAAGAAAAUUUGAAGAAUUAUGAGUAUAACAUUCGUCUUGCAGUCCCAAGAAGUGUGAUUGGAAGUAUUAUAGGGAUAAAGGGGGAGUUUAUUAGUCAUGUUAGAACAGUAACUAGUGCUCACAUUAAUAUAUCCCCAAUUUUUGUAACAUCAGAGAAAGCGUGUAAUGAGAGAAUUAUUACAAUCUCAGGUAACAAUAGUAAUCAGGUAAUUCAUGCAUUCAUAAUUUUAACAAAAAAAGUUAACAGUUCACCUGAAGGAAGGUCAUGUAAAAGUAUUAUAUAUAGAAGAGCGGACUUUUUCAGAAGAAAGAGUCAGAAAACAGAACAGGAGAAAAUCGACCCAUUAUUAAACUCUCAGCUUGAGGAGAUGAACAAUUUUUUGAAUAAGAAUCCAAUCAAUUCAACUUAUAAAGUAGAAUCGAGAAGUUUAGAAAUAAAAGAAAAGCCAAAACUAAACUUUAAGACAAUCUCAAACGGACGUUGGAGCGAACAAGUUGACUUAUUGUCACAUGAAGAAGGCACUGUCUUGGAGAAGCUGGGAAGUAAGCUGAAAAAAGUUGAAAUUAUAAGGGAUGAACUAAUUGAGGGAGAUAAAGUAAAGAUUAGCCAACAAGCUGGUUUUGUCAGUGGCGAUGAUAAGAUUCAAGAAGUAUCAGUAGAAAAGUUCUACGAGGUUCCUUCAAAAUCAGUUCAAAAUAGAAUUCCUACAAAUAUAUUCAUUAUAUCCUUCUUAGCAUUAGUUACAGGUGCAUUUUUCCUGCAAUAUAUUUCGAAUGAGAUUAUACAUGUGUGA